CUGGCGCAAUAAUGGCCUCAAGUUCAGCUUCAAGAAAUCGGAGGAUAAAGAUUCAAAGUGUACUCGAUGAUAAUCCAAUUUUGGCUGCAGCAAGUCAAAGGGCUGCUCUCUGCCCGCAGGAAGUCUUCAAGGAGCAAUGCUGGUUUGAGCAAACGGUAACGUCUCCCAAGGAUGUUAUUAAGCCCCAGCUUGACCAAUCUCUGCUUCGUCAGUAUCAAGAAGCAAUCUGGCACAACGAUCCCAGCGAAAGUCUCCCUCAAUUUGGCAUGACUGUGGAUGAGAUGAGCUGUCUCUGUAACAAUGCUGAGCUAUUGUCUGCACAUGUGAUCUGGCUGAUGGAACUACUGAACCGCAUCCAGAAGAAAGCAGUCUGUCUCUACCUCCAAGGUUCCCCCGCUGGUUCCCUCAUCCCUCACCUUCAGCGCAAAGGGUGGCUGCUACAGUCAGUCAGGCGACUUGUAGUUGUUGCCAGUGUUGCCAAAGACUCGGAAAACAAUGUGUGUCUUUCGAACGAGUCUGGCAGCCAUUGGGUAUUGCUGGUUGUCGAGCUUCAGGGGAAGAAAGUCUAUUACUGUGACUCACUGGCUUGGGCAUCCCCUCCUAUACCAAGCCUCCUGAAGACAUUGCAGGAAUAUUGCAAUUUCUUUGAUUACCAGGUGACACCGGAUUCAAUCAUUCUAUGCCAUGAGCCAACACCACAGGGACAAGGCCAACAUAUUUGUUCCAGUAAUUGCAUGAACUAUCCCCUUCUACCUCAAGACAGUCAUGCGUCAGGUGUCUUUGCUUUGAUCAGCGCUGUCGUGAGUACCUACAAGAGUGCCUGUUAUCUAAAGCAAACGACUGAUCAGGAGGCAUAUCUGAGAGAAGUGCUUAUCUGCUGGUUCAUGGCUGGCACCAUAGAUUUACAGAACAUACAGACCAAGACUGGUUCUAGUCAUCAGACCCCAUCAGAUGGAACCUCACAGAAGCCCAGUAAAAGUUUAAGAAGCAACAGCAGGAAAGAGCUUGGAGGGAAGAAGGAGGGUUCAGCAGAUGAUGUAGAGAAAAAGAAUGAGAAUGGUAGGCUGGAGUGCAAUGUAUGCCACAGCAUGUAUGGCUCAAGAGCAGCUCUGUUCAAGCAUAAGAGAAGCAAGCAUCCUGAUCACGAGUACAGACAAGCUCCUGACAGAAGCCUAGUUUACUGCACGGAGUGUGGAAUCAGGUGUUACAAAGUUGCAAGGCUCGUCGAACACUACCAGACCCAGCAUGGCAAACAAUACUCCAUUCAGAAAAAAACCUUUGCCAGCGAAGCAGAAUUUCAAACUUGGAAGAAAUGGGUGGAAAAGAAAAGUAACGCCAAGUUUGUUCAGAAACACGGAAGGCGUUCCACCCCCUGGACACUAGUUAGAACCUUCCACUGCAACAGGUCUGGAUUUUUCGUUUCCAAAGGGCAGGGCAAGAGAAGUUUGAAAUCCAAAGGUUCAGUGAAAAUCAACGCUGCUUGCCCAGCAUUCAUCAAGGCCACAGAAGACUGUGUUAUGCACAGUGUCGAGGCAGAAUUCUGCUUAGAUCACAUACACGAAUGCGACGUCAGAUACUUGCGCCUUUCAUCUGACUCUCGGAAGAUGAUCGCUGAAAAGCUUUUACUGGGAAUCAGCGUUGACGCGAUAGUGGACGAGGUUCGCCACAGUGCAAACACCAAGGACAGGGAUUACCACAUUUCAAGACGAGAUGUUUUGAAUGUCAAACUUUCACUAAAUCUGGACAUCGAUUCCAAAGCAGAGUCUGCGUAUCAAGCAGAAAUGGAGUCAACCAAAAAGGAAGCACUACAGACAGUUGAGGAAAUAACAAGUCUGAUUCAAACGUCUUCAUCGGUGGACAUACUUAAAAAUGUUCAGAAACAUCUCAAGUGUGUAGUCAAAGCUGGCAAGGGUGUACUGGCUGUAAGUGACGAUCAUAAUUAUCAUUGAGACCGUGGCACAAAUAUAUUCUGUGUAUGCCGUCAUGGGUCCGUUACACUUUUUCAUUGACAUGUUGUGGAAAGGUCAUUGGUCAUCAUUUGGUAAGCAGUUGUUAAAACUGGGAAUAAAGGCACAGCAUAUCAAGAGCAGACAUUUUGAUUGGAAUUUUUUAUUGAAGUCAAAGACAAGUAAGGAGAACAAAGAAUAAAAAGAAUGGUGAAAAUAAAGGCAAAUAAAGAUUUAUAAAGAACACUUUUAAGUAAAAUAAACUUUAUACUCCACAAAGUAUGAAAAUAAUUGUUUCAAAAUAUUUGGGAGACAGUUUUCCGUAAGCAAGCUUCAUUUGUCCAUGGAUUAAUCUUACGCUUGGUAACACCAUCUCUGUAGUAACUAUUCACCAGGCAUUUCAUUAUUCAUUUUCCAAUGGUAAUAAUUUGAAGCUUGAAAACAUGUAUAUAUUUCAUAUAAUCAAACCAAGAGGAAUAAAAAGGAGUCGAAAAAGAAUAAUCAAGCAUGAGAAAAGUGUAGUCAUUAACAAUUC